ACGGGGAAGUUUUUGGCACGGCUGGCGUUUUAUUUUUCGAGCAGACGAUUCACAAUCGAAGUUUUUCGUUUGCGGGGUCGGUCGUGAGGUGUUUUUUGGUGUCGUCUGCUAGAGUCACUAUCGUCUGCUACGUGGAUGUCGUCUGCUUCGUGAAGGUGUGAUGAUGAAUAUUUCGGGGCGUCCCUACGGUGGUGUGAAAAUAUAAGGAGAGUGCUCGCACACGAGGAUUAUGUUGUCUUCGGCGGUGUGACAAUGAAGAAAAGCCGUGAGGAAGGGGUGGCGGAGAAGGUAGAGGAGGAGUGACUUGGACAUGAGUUUUGGUCACCGACGAAAAGGUGCUGCAGCACUUCAACCGCAUCAUGUGAUCCAGUCGCAACGAAAAAUGGCAGAAGCCAGAGGGCGACCAGGACUCCUGGGCUACGUCCUCCUUCUAGGUGUCAUCAUACCUCAGAGUGUCACAGCUAUCGGGACAUGGAUGUACAUGGGCAUGCAGAGCGUGGAUGUGCUACAAAACCCCCAAAUGUACGUCCUGGGGACGCAGCUUCUAUGCGGUCGCCUGAAGGGACUUUCUCGUGGGCAAACAAAGCUUUGUUACCUCUACGAGGACCACAUGGCUCACGUCGGGAACGGGGCCAAUAUGGGUAUCCAGGAAUGCCAGCACCAGUUCAAGCAUCGCCGGUGGAACUGCUCCACGGUAGCUGAUUCCAGCGUCUUUGGACCCGUCCUAAACAUACCCAGCAGAGAAACCGCCUUCGCUCAUGCCGUUGCUGCUGCCGGCGUGGUGCACGCCGUGUCCAGGGCCUGCAGAGAUGGGCAGCUCAGCAGCUGUGGAUGUUCCACCGAGGUCCGACCGGACUCCCUUCGGCGAGACUGGAUCUGGGGUGGCUGCGGGGACAACGUCGCUUACGGCUACCGUUUCGCCGAGGGAUUCGUUGACGUCCGGGAGAGGGAAAUAACGCCCGGUAGAGCAUCUUUUCAGCAAGGAAGGAAGCUGAUGAAUUUGCACAACAACGAAGCUGGACGCAGGGCGGUGAUCAAGAAGAUGCGUGUGACGUGCAAAUGCCACGGUGUGUCGGGCUCGUGCUCCCUUGUGACCUGCUGGAAACAGUUGGCUCCCUUCCGAGAAGUUGGAGACCACAUCAAGGACAAAUACGACGGAGCCACAGAAGUCAAGAUCAACAGACGUGGAAAGCUCCAGGUGCGACAACGUGGCUUCAGGGUACCCACAGCGGAGGACCUGGUCUACAUGCAGGAAUCGCCCGACUACUGCAUCAACAACGAGACCAUAGGAUCCUUUGGGACCUCGGGCAGACGCUGCAACAAGACGUCCUCCGGAACGGACGGCUGUGGCCUCAUGUGCUGCGGCAGAGGCUACAACAGCCACAAGCUGAAGAUCAAGGAACGCUGCAAGUGCAAGUUCCACUGGUGUUGCUACGUCGAGUGCAAGACGUGCGUUAGUGUGGCGGACGUGCAGACGUGCAAAUAGACGUAAUCGAUGAACAUGGGUGCGUUGCUCGUCUAUAAUGCAGUGUUGAAAGAUAUGACGCGACAUUGGACGCUAGCGGGUCUCGCGCCCAUCAUUGAAACGUGACAGUUGCAUAGAGUACGAGAUCGCACGGGGGUGGGAGAAGACAGCCACUGUGGCGCAAAAGUGUCCUAAGGUGGCAUCCAGAACCACAACCAGUGGAACUGGAACAGCUAUGAUGUUGCGCCGUCUUCCUUAUCAGUGAGAUUUCUUUGAAGUGGGACAUUCAAUAACUGCAACGGGAAAAGAAUAGGACAAUGACUGUCCAGUCAUUGUCAUUGCCAAUCAGUUUGGUGUCUGGAGUGCUUCACGACAUACGCACGGAAGGAUAGACAUGUGGCCACAGUGCUUCAAGCUUCAGACGGAAAAAGAACCCACCUCGCCAAAUGCGAUACUAUGACGAUGAUGGUGUGGUACAAAACGCGGUACUUACGCCAUCCAUACUGCUGACGCAAAAAUCCAGAGCCGUCUCUACUUUUCACAUAACGGCAUCACGUGACACAAAAGUGUCACUGAUAUUCAGUGCAUGUCCUCCCCAGCACACAUUUCAGUGUUCACUUUAUGUAUUGGCAGGAACGCUGAAUCAUCGAAAUGCCACGCUAGUGUCACGCCACCCAGCGCGCAUUUUGAAAACUUUUCUCUAGCACGAUCCAGAACUGGUUUCUAACAUACCCGUGAACGCACAUCUUUCGAUUGACUCGUUUCUUUUGACGUCAAAAACUUGUACGAAAGACAUAUUUAUUUCGAGUGUGUACUAAAAUGUUACGUGUUUCAUCGUCCACUCUUCAGCCCAUUAGUCAGACUGUUCUUGUGUUGUUCCUCUCUUCUGCGCUAUAAGAAAAGUGAACUCUUGCGACCGUCGUCAAGAAUGCACAACGUUUUCUACGAAUGGCGAACGGUACUCAAGUGUCUAAGCCUGAUGCGAAUAAAUCUGUCUUCACACGU